CCCCCCCCCCACCCCGGGAGCCGAGGCUUCUGGAGCGCUCGAGGUUGGGUGGCUGGGUGGGGGACGGUCCGCGGCGGCGGAGUGUAGCGAGACAGGGUCUCCCCGAACCCCGGUUACCCUGAGCGGCGGCACGGUGGCCUGGAUUGUCCUCUCCGAGAGCCCUUCACCCCCGAGAGGGAUUCCAGGCGGCUCUUGGGGUGUCCCCGGGGGCCCUCUGUGUUGAAGUGUGCUUCAGGCAUGGGACUGGCAAAGGCUGUGUGUGUGUGUGUGUGUGUGUGUGUGUGUGUGUGUAGGGAAGCUAUUCCCCGGAAUUCACCGGUCACCCCUCGAUAGAUUAGCCUGUCCCAAAGCCAGCCGCAACUUUCUUCUUCUUUUGAGCUCAGUGUAAAGGCGAGGGAGAGGGCACUGCCACUUUAAAAAUGGGGAAGUCGACCGGGAGCGGUGUCUCACGCCUGUAAUCCCAUCAUUUUGGGAGGCCGAGGCGGAUCACCUGAGGUCAGGAGUUCGAGACCAGCCUGGUCAACUUGACUAAACCCCGUCUCUACCAAAAAUAUAAAAAUUAGCCGGGCGUGGUGCGCGCGCCUGUAUUCCCAGCUACUCGGCAGACUGAGGCAGGAGAAUCGCUUGAACUCGGGAGGCAGAGGGUGUAGUGUGCCGAGAUCGCGCCACUGCACUCCAGCCUGGGAGACAAAGUGAGACUACGUCUAAAAAAAAAAAAAAAAAAAAAAGUGGGGAAGUCCGCCCUCCUGAGUUUGUGCUAAUCUCAGCCUCCUCCCCUCCUCUUGCCGGAGAGAGGGAGAGAGAACUUGUUUUCAUUCAUAACUUUUUCCCUUUCCUUCCUCUCCGUCAACUAUUUAUUCAGUGCGGAUUGCAGAGGGCGCAGCUCCACCGUCGUAGCUUACAAUGUGGCCAUCCCUGCGCUGGGUUCUUUCUCCCUGGCCCUAGGUGAACCCGGCUUUUCCUUUAAAGUAUAGACACAUCCUUGCUUAGGAUGAUCCAGACCGUGGGCUUGCUUUGGGCGCCCGCGUGGACGCUGAAGGCUCUAAAUGAUUUGUCAGCAAACCUUGGUGGGCCACGCAAAAAGUGUGUUGGAAAUCCACGGUGAUCAUUAGGAUGUGAUGGGAUUGUUCGAAAAGGAUUUCAGAUGCAAGCCAGGUUUCCACUGAUUGCCAGAACUCGAGAUCACUACACAUGGAUCCCCAAAAUCAACAUGGCAGUGGCAGUUCAUUAGUUGUGAUCCAGCAGCCUCCUUUGGAUAGCCGUCAGAGAUUAGACUAUGAGAGAGAGAUUCAGCCUGCUGCUAUUUUGUCCUUAGACCAGAUCAAGGCCAUAAGAGGCAGCAAUGAAUAUACAGAAGGGCCUUCAGUGGUGAAAAGACCUGCUCCUCGGAUAGCACCAAGACAAGAAAAGCAUGAAAGGACUCAUGAAAUCAUACCAAUUAAUGUGAAUAAUAACUACGAGCAAAGACACACAAGCCACCUGGGACAUGCAGUACUCCCAAAUAAUGCCAGGGGCCCCAUUUUGAGCAGAUCAACCAGCACUGGAAGUGCAGCCAGCUCUGGGAGCAACAGCAGUGCAUCUUCUGAACAGGGACUAUUAGGAAGGUCACCACCAACAAGACCAGUCCCUGGUCAUAGGUCUGAAAGGGCAAUCCGGACCCAGCCCAAGCAGCUGAUUGUGGAUGACUUGAAGGGUUCCUUGAAAGAGGACCUGACACAGCACAAGUUCAUUUGUGAACAGUGUGGGAAGUGCAAGUGUGGAGAAUGCACGGCUCCCAGGACCCUGCCAUCCUGUCUGGCCUGUAACCGGCAGUGCCUUUGCUCUGCUGAGAGCAUGGUGGAAUAUGGAACCUGCAUGUGCUUAGUCAAGGGCAUCUUCUAUCACUGCUCCAAUGACGACGAAGGGGAUUCCUAUUCGGAUAAUCCUUGCUCCUGUUCACAGUCACACUGCUGCUCUAGAUACCUGUGUAUGGGAGCCAUAUCUCUAUUUUUACCUUGCUUACUCUGUUAUCCUCCUGCUAAAGGAUGCCUGAAGCUGUGCAGGGGGUGUUAUGACUGGAUCCAUCGCCCAGGGUGCCGAUGUAAGAACUCCAACACUGUCUAUUGUAAGCUGGAGAGCUGCCCCUCCCGGGGUCAGGGUAAACCAUCAUGAUUUUUGGAGGUGGGUUGUACCUCCUGAACUUCUAGCUUUCAAGUUGUGGCUGUUAAAAAAAAAAAUCCUAUUAGAUACUGGUUUUCUUUUCUUUAGAAUUUUUCCCUGUUUCCCACCUUCUCUUCCCCUGUUCCCAAGGUCUGACUCAUGGAUUUUUCUCUUCCCUCAUGGAUGAUCUUCAAUAAGAGUGAACUGGGAAGCUGCACCUGGCUUCCACUUAGGACCAGAGCCUCUGCCAUCCACUUGAGAGGGUAUUGAGAGCCAGUGGGCUUCUGUGUAGUCUUUUUCUUCUGCAAGCAACUUUCUAAAGUUGUAUACAUGAACAUAUACACCCACACCCAGACUACAGUGACUUAGAGCUGUGGUGAUUAGGGUACCUUGGGAGCAGGGAAAUUGGUUUUUUAAAAAGCAACCAUUUAAUUGCUUAAAUAAGCUAUGUAUUAAAUCUGUCUCCAGUUAGGGCUCUCUUUUAGCUUUGGCCCCCUAAGUAGCAUGGGGGAUAUAUUUUUUGCCAUAACAUAAAAAUUUUCCUUUAACCACUGCCCUGUCUGUCCUUCUUGUAUUUCAAGGUUCUUUCCCCUCAGUUUUGGCGUUAUCUUACUCUGGAGAUGCCAACUGUAUUUUUUCUUUCUUUCUAUGUAAUUUUAGAUUCUCUUGACAAUGUAAAUCUUCACAUUGGAGAUAUAUUGGUUGUACCUUGCCCAUCUUCACUCUUCCUUCUACACCCCAUGCUUCUCAGCAAUUUUUUGUUGUCAUUGAGGGCACUUGGAUAACUCAAGUUGGUAUUUAUAGCUGAUCAGUCUAUAGGUGUCACAGAACUCUGCUGCCUAAAGUGAUCCUGGCUCCUUAACGGUCCUUUUGGCCCCCUGGUUAGUUAAUAGCUGAGUAAUUCUAAUCUCUUCUGUGUUUUCAUUGCCUUAACCACAAAUUGUGGUGCUUUUUGUAUAUUUUAUGUAUAAAUCACAAAGUUGAAUUCUGACUAUUUUUAAGACAAAAGUCUGUUAAACUUUUUUAUUGUAAAGAAUAUUUAUUAUGCGAAUCUAUUAUUUUAUGAUAUUUAUUGCAAAGACUGUUGAAAUGUACUCAUGUCUGAAUAUAACAAAAUAUCAAUACUUAACGGAGAAUAAGGUGACACGAAGAAAGUACAUAUGCUAACUAUAAUGCAGAAAAUAUAUUAAUUAAUGAAA